UGUGCGCCGGAAGUGUUUUCUCCUGCCGCUGCAGCCGGAGUGCUGAUGUGUUUCAAGAGAUUUCCCCCCAGAGAGACUCCAGAGCUUGGUUUUUGAUGCUGAGACGUCCUGGCGGGGAGAAGCGGUGGCGAGACUAGGGUCCGUGACCAGGAAGAGAUCAGCAGCAGCAGAACCAGCCGAUGGCGCCCAAAGGUAAAGUUGGCACGAAGGGAAAGAAGCAGAUCUACGAGGAGAAUGAGGCGACACUCAAGUUCUACACAAGAGUCAUCCUAGGAGCUAAUGCCAUAUAUGCUGCUGUAAAUUUCUUGGUUUUCUACAGUUCGUCUACAUUUUGGACAUGGCUGCUGCUGCUGUUUGCACUUGCUGUUUACGUUGGGAGCUACCGCUCCAUGUCUGCCAUGGCCAAGCCGGUGUUUGCUGAGGAUGGAAGUCUCUUGGAUGGAGGGAUAGACCUAAACAUGGAGCAGGGAAUGGCAGAGCACUUGAAGGAUGUCAUCCUGCUCACCGCCAUAGUGCAAGUGCUCAGCACGAUCUCCUCUUACUUCUGGUAUCUUUGGUUGCUGGCCCCGGCCCGUGCCCUACACCUGCUGUGGGUGAACUUUCUGGGUCCCUGGUUCAUGGCAGAAAGCCCUUCAGCUCCAGAGGAAGUGAACGAGAAAAAGCAGAGGCGACAAGAGCGCAGACAGAUGAAGAGAUUCUGAUGCUGCAGAGCAGACGGAGCAGUAUUUUUGUACACAGAAUCUAGUACGACAGAAGACAAGGAAGUCAUAAAUUAUUCAGGAUGAAAUUUUGUUAUUCUCAAUCAGAUACUGAGGAAUCUUGUUUUCCACGUUUAUUUGUUUUAUGCUCUUUUCUGUCAUCCAAUUUUCUCCCCAAAUUAUAAAAUGAAGAGUUCCCUGUUUGGUCACCACCGUCCAAGUAUCAUUUGUCUUCAUCAAGAGAUUUAAGACUCUUUGCUUUUGCGUCAUGAUAUGACAACUGCCCCCCUAGAAACUCUUUGGGUUACAAACGUUCUGAAAAACAAAACAAAUACUCCAAACUGUCCUCUUCUGAUUAGAUUGUCCAUUAUUUAAUUUAAUUAUUUUAAUUUUUUUUGUUGUCAAAGUUCUCAUUUUUGGCUUGUUUCUUUUUUUAGACAACAUUGAGACUUUAUGUCUGAGCAACGGUCUUAUCAAAUCUGUACAUGAAUUUUUAUUAAGAAAAUGGAAACAUUUUCACAAUUAAAAUCUUCAAUGAGACAUUUUUUAUGAUGGCUAGUUUUUCAAGGAUUUUUUUAAUUGCCACGUGAUUUUGUCCACAAAAACAGUCUUCUUUAAAUUUUGGGUUCAAUCUCAUUCCCUACACUAAAUGGUUCUCAAGAAAACUUUACCGUUUCAAAAUUAUAGGCCAACUGGAAAUGUCUGUGAAACAAAUCCAAUAUUAGAGAUAAUCACCAUGUAAUUGAAUCUUAAACGUUUAAAUUAUAAUGAAUUAUUAUUGUUUCUGGAGAGAAAAAAGCCGUGCACAGUUAUUAGGAAACUGAAAUACCCCCCCCCCCCC